GAUUGAUGGUGAUAAUGACUUCAUGAAUGACUUCUCUGACAUGCUGCUACAGAAGCUGUUUAGUACCUCCAUAAAGGCCUGUCAGGACAGUGACAAAGUCAAGUCUAACGCCGUCAGAGCCCUGGGAAAUAUCCUCAGAUAUCUACCAAUCAGGAGCCUCGGCAAGAGUUCUUUCAGAACAUCUGUAGAGGAUGGAGUCAAAGCAUUAAUAAAGAACAUCAGCAGUGGAACAAUGAAGUUAAGAUGGAAUGCCUGCUAUGCAGUCAGUAACAUGUUUAAAAAUACACUACUCAAUUUUGGAGGAGCUCCCUGGACACGAGAUUUGAUGAUAACAUUGUGUGCUGUUGUUAAAGACUGUAAGAACUUCAAGGUGCGAAUUAAUGCAGCGUUGGCUCUGGGGUCUCCAUCAGAGAGGGGUCACUAUGGCGACUGUCAGCUGUUUUCUUUUAUUUGGGAAAGUCUUGUUAUCGCCCUGGAAACAUCAGAAGACAUCACUGACUUUGCUGAAUUUAAAUACAGAAAUAAUCUAAACAAUCAG